AGUUGCAGUAGUCUUAUCUAUACGUCCUUAUAUAUGGGCUUAAUUUGAUCGCUUUGACAACCAUACAUGCCAUGAGUUGUUGAUAGUUUCAGCUGCUACACAAUUAACCGAGCAACACAACUUGAUAGAUGGAGAAUUCAGCGAGUGGGCAAAUUCAGCAAGAAGCUGAACAGUUGGUAAUUGACUUCGCAACAAUGUUAAAAACGUCGGAGAUUCUAGCAUCGGAUGAGUGCCGUAUCUACAAGGUUCCGCAUCACCUUCGCAAAUGGAAUGAAGAAUCCUACAAACCUCGGUCUAUUUCAAUUGGUCCUUAUCACCACGACAAAGAAAAAUUUCAAACCAUGGAAAAGCAUAAAGUAAGAUAUUUUAGGAGCUUCAUGCAACGGGCUGAGAUCAACUUAGAGAAUUUAGUAACCACUAUAAGGAAGAUGGAAGAUAUCAUUCGACCUUGCUAUGUAGACACUGUUCAGCUUGAAAGAGAUGAUUUUGUGAAAAUGAUCAUGUUGGAUGCGACCUUCAUUCUUGAGCUUUUCUUGAAAGCUGAGUCGGAAGAAUGGACAAGAGACGAUCCUAUGGUUGUGGAAGCAUGGCUUUAUGAUAUGGUGACGCGUGAGUUGCUAUUACUUGAAAAUCAGCUUCCAUUCUUUUUUAUUAAGAAACUAUACCACCUCGCCUUACCAUCUCGCUCAAACUCCCUUUCUUUAAUCCAGCUCACCUUUGACUUCUUUAAGCACUGGAACAUUCAUAAUAAAGCCCCCGAAGGGGAAAUAAAACACUUCACUGAUCUGCUUAGAUUCUUUGCACUACCUCCACACGACAAGCUACCACAGAGAAACCGUAAAACGGUUUUUCCUAAGUACUCUGCUACACAACUGCGUGCGGCAGGAGUAAAAUUUGAGGUGGUUCCAAAUAAAUGCUUGCUGGACCUAAGUUUCAAGGAAGGGGUGUUGAAAAUUCCACUCUUGGAAUUCGACGAUUCUACGGAAGCUGAUGUUCGAAAUAUUAUGGCAUUAGAGCAAUGUUAUCAUAUAAACGACAGGUACAUUACAGAUUUCUAUAUAAUAUUGGAUUAUCUUAUCAAUACUACCAAAGAUGUGGAUUUACUUGUGGAGAAGGGAAUCAUUAUUAAUAGCCUAGAAGACAGUAAUGCAGUGGCAUUUAUGAUUAACAAUCUUAACAAAGGAAUCUUUUUGAAGAAUAUGAACUCUGAUUUAUGCUAUCUCUGUGAAAAGUUGAAUGCGUUCUAUGAGGAACCUUGGCACAGAUGGAAUGCAUUUUUAAGGCAUGAAUAUUUUAGCACUCCUUUGAAAGUUGCUUCUUCAAUCCCUGGUUUAGUCCUUCUGGUGCUCACGCUGCUACAAACCGUAUUCGCCAUCUUGCAAGUUGUGUUCAAGCGUUAAGUAAUUUGGAUAUAUAGUUGU